UCUUUCACUCUUUGAAAUCAAUCAAACCCUCUUUAAAAAAAAUCUUAGUCACCAAGCAAUUAAAUAGCACCAUCAUCAUUCAUCACCCUUUGAAGCUAACGGCAUCAUAAUAGUUGUUGUACUUGCACCCUGCACCCUCCCCUGCUUUCAAAACCAACCACACACACACACACCAAACCAAACACAUUUAACAUUUUCACCUCCAAUUUCAAUUUCAAUUUCUCUACCAAUUUCAAAUCCCAAAAAAAUGGUUGAUCAAAAUUCUGAUCAACCCACAAUUUCUUUUCCAAUUUCUGAUGGAACAGGACAACAAAAACCUCAAAAGAUGCAAACAUUCGGAGCUACCAACAUUGGUGUUUUGGGUUCAAACAAAAUCCCGACAACCUACGAGAACAUUCUCAGCAUGAACGAUGUGGGACUAGGAGUGCAAUUCAGACCAGAAUCGAAGGCGGUGGGAGAUGAAUCUGGUAUCUGUUCACCUCCUCUAUGGUCCAGAACUCCACCAAGGAGUCCCAAUCAUGGGAAACACUACUAUCGAAGCCUUUCCCCUGCGUCCAAGACACAAGCCAUUGAAAGGGGACAGAGAGAGCUCAUGGAAAUGGUUCGGGGCAUGCCUGAGUCGAAUUACGAGCUUACUCUGAAAGAUCUUGUGGAGCAUCAAAGGGUUGUUGCUGGUGGUGGUGUUGGGGAAUCAGAAGGUAGCAAAUUGGGGGAGAAAAAAUUGAGCAGCAACAAAAAUGUGCAGAAGAAGGAAAAGGGUAGUAGCAGAAAAGUUGAUAGCAACAAGGGGCAGCAGGUGAAGAGAAGUGGGAAUAUUGAUAGUGGAGGGUUCUAUCUGAAAAUGGCGUUUCCAAUUUCUUUGGGAUCUAAGCUGAAAAAGAAUAAGAAGAUGGAGCAAUUGGCAAAUAGUAAUAGUUCAAGGGUGUCUCCUAGAACAUCGGUUUCUGAUAAGGAUUGGUGGAAGAAGAGCCUCUCAGCUUCUGGUGGAGAGAGUGAGAGUGGUGUGUCUAGUGUCAAUAGUGGUAGCUUGAAAAGUUCUGGUAGCAGCAAUAGCACUUGCACUAGCAGCAGCAGCAGAAGUAAUAGCAGGCAUGAAAUGAGUGCUAGUAGUUGCUGGCCUUUCAUUCGAAGACCGGAAAGCCUUUCACAAAAAUAAGUGUUGCCAUUGAUGAUCCAGAGUACUGUACUAUCAAAUACAUAUCUAUGUAUUUAUAGUUUUCUAGCUAGGUUUUUAUACAUGACGAGGAAGAUAAAAGCAAGUAUUGCAAGUGGAGAUUUUGUUUGUGAAUUACCUGGAGAAAUUUGACAAUGUACUUUCUAUUUUUUGCUCCCUGUAUUGAAAGAUGAAUAUACAUUUGAAUCGGAUAACAUUCUCUGGUGAGUUGGAUCGUAGAAUGCAAUACAAGUUGCUAAGUGUUCUCUAAAGCUCUAGAGGGGUUGGCACCAAAGAAAUCUUAGGUUGGAAGUUUAAGCAAAGAUAGCGGUCGAUGUGAAAAUAGUCAAAUUUUACUUGUGCAUAGUUACACAAGUAACUUUUUACCUGUUAGUGUAGGUUUUCCGGUUUUUUUAUAAAAAAAUAAUUCAAAAAACUUAUUUUAUUAAUUAAUCAAUUAUCCUUUAAUCACACACCCUUUCUCUCACACACAUUUCAUCUUCUCUCUCAUCUUCAACUUCACCACCGUCACCCUUCAAAUUCAAAUCUGGGGUCAUCCUUUCCCUUCCACCACCCUUCAAAUCUUGUUCUCAUGUCCUUUAAUAUUUUCUCUCUGGUCAUCCUUUCCCAUCUUUGAUCAUCCUUUCUCUUCCACACCUUCAAAUCUGCUUCCAAAAAUCCCACAACUUCAACUUCAGAUCUGGGGGUUGGGUGACGACGGCGGAGCAGAGCGGCGGGUUGGGUUUCAGAUCUGGGGUGGGGGUCGAUUUGCACUGUGGGUUGCGCUGGGGAUGGGGUGAGGUUGGGUGUGGGUGGGUUCUGGGUUCGAGUGGGUUGUGGUUUGCUGGUCUGGGUUGCGGUGGGGGUGGUUAUGGGGUGAGGUUGGUUGUGGGUUUGGUGGGGUUGGGGGUUUGCGACCUUCCCUUCCACAAUCUCCUUCUCUACCCCUCUAUCUCUUUCCCUGCCAUACCGUGCAGCACCCCUCCCACCCCGAACCUCAAUCGAUCCGCCCCAGAUUUGGAAGCUUCGCUGUUGAUCUUCAACCUCACGACCUGCCCAGCGGCGGAGAUGACCCAGCCAUGGUCCGAGUCUUCUCCUUCCUCCUGAAAACACACAGGAAAACAAACAGGAAAAAAAAAAUGGUCGGAGUCUUCUCCUUCCAGUUGUUCGUGAACCUCCCCUGGGUUCUUGUCUUUUUUUUUUUUUUUCUUUUUCCAAGUUGUACAGAAAACGUGAACCUUACCAUCCUCCUCUGUUCUUGUUUUUUUUUAUUGAUUGUAAUGUGUUGUUGAAUCUGGAAUUAUGUGGAUGAUAAUAAAUAAUUUGUUUUUUUCA